AUGGAAGGCGACUCAGAACCUUUAGCCUUUCACACCAAGUUCGGUUCAGCAGUUCUAGGCGCAACUUCCAGCCCGAGCAAGGAAGAAGUCUCAUCUUCCCCCGCGUCAACCUUGAGUCUCGCUGAAUCGCAAUGCGAGCAGCACUUUGUUAGUACGCACUCUCGAUUGCCAACUGGUCGUUACAUGGUUCGCCUGCCGUUCUCGAAAGACAUAUCCACCUUGGGGCAUUCAAGGUCUCUUGCCAYGAGAUGCCUUGAAAGACUUCUCAAGAAAUUCAAAACCGAUGGGCAUUUCAAGGAAACCUACUCUGAUUUCCUUAAAGAAUAUGAGUCUUUAGGACAUAUGGUUCCUGUUCCUCUCGAUACUCCUGAUCAAUCUCAGGCGUCUUACCUCCUGCAUCACGGAGUUUGGCGCGAGCAAAGUUCCUUCACCAAACUGCGGUCGCCAGAAUUUUGGCCCUCGUCAGUGCUACCCUCACCGGAAGAAGAUAUGGAGGAACGUCCUGGCAUCUCACUUGCACUCUCUCAAGUCCAACCUCUAGUUUGGUACCUCGUUGACCUUCCUCAAUCAUCCUCCUUUCAUUGGCAUCUCACUAAACUACUUUGGAUCACAGCAAUCAUUCAGAGAGCGGUCUCGCGAUUUAAGAAGGUUCCUGGUUCGAGCUUGUCCGCAUUGGCAUUGAAUCCAGCAGAUCUGGAGAAGGCAAAAUCGUUCUGGAUACGCGCGACUCAAGAGGCGUAUUUCUCACCAGAAUUAAGAACGUUGUCGGCAGGACAAUCUCUCAACAAACGUCACGUUCUUACGCGACUCACGGCCUUUGUCGAUCGUGCUGGAAUUCUCAGGGUUGGUGGACGGCUGCAAAAUUCUCAGCUAUACGAUGAUAGUAAACAUCCAGCAAUACUACCUCGUCAGUCAAAAUUCACCAACCUAGUCAUCUCCGAUGCUCAUGCCAGAACYWUGCAUGGAGGAAMUCAGCUDAYGCUCUCCUACAUUCGAAGGACUUUCUGGAUUAUUGGAGAUCGUGCUCCAGUGAAGUCCUUCCUCAAAGAUUGUCUCUCUUGUGCUCGAAUACGUGGAGUGAGAGCACAACAACUCAUUGCUCCACUCCUAGCAUCUCGAGUGACACCAUCUCCUGUGUUCGAGACUACAGGGCUGGAUUACGCCGGGCCAGUCACCAUGAAGACUUUUCAAGGCAGAGGUGCAAAGUCCUUCAAGGGUUGGAUAGCAGUGUUCAUAUGCUUCUCCACCUCUGCCGUUCAUCUCGAAGUAGUCUCAGACUACUCACCCGAAGGAUUUCUCAAGGCAUUUCGACGGUUUACCAGCCGUAGGGGCAUUCCAAAAACGCUCAGAAGCGACUGUGGUACUAACUUUCAGGGAGCAAACAAGCAGCUUAAGGAGCUACUCUCAGCUGCAACGAAGGAAUCCCUCAAGAUCCAGAGACUUCUCGCUAAUGACGGCACUAAGUGGAUCUUCAAUCCUCCAGCGGCACCACAUAUGGGUGGAAAAUGGGAGGCAUCGGUGAAAUCAAUCAAGUAUCAUCUCAAACGAACCAUCUCGGAUACGUUGCUAACGUUCGAAGACUUCUCCACGUUCUUAGCUCAAGUUGAGGCGGUUCUCAACUCUAGACCUCUCAGCUCUCUCUCGGAGGACCCYGAUGACAUCAGAGCAUUAMCACCAGGGCAUUUCAUCAGAGGGAAAGCAUUAACAACUAUCCCCGAGCAUUCUCUAACCGACAUCUCAGAUUCCAGGUUAUCUCAUUUCCAGCGGAUUCAAGAGCGUUUCCAGCAAUUUUGGAGAAGUUGGCCGACGGAAUACCUGCAAGCGCAUCAGACCACAUCGAAAUAG